AUGAUGGCGUCGCUAGGGGGCGGCGCGCGACCUUGCCCCCCUGCGCACGAGACGUACUCGCUGUGGAUCACGGUCCGAGGGCCGGACAGCCGCCUUCCGGCUUCGCCGCUUCCUGAGUCGCCAUCGACGAGCUGCGCUUCGCCUAGUUCGGCGAGUUCCCCGUUCUUCCCGAGUCGCGCAGUCGAGGACUUGGCGGCAUGCCUGGGGACGCCGAGGUUCCUGCCGCACAUCACGCUGCUGGGUGGCGGUCUGCAGCAUCUCUCGUUGGAGCAGAUCUCCUCGAUUAUUCGAGGCGUCGUCGCGGGGGAGGCUCACACGCACUCGCCUUGCGCAGUCAAGCAGAAAACCGGGACGCGGCCCUUCUACGUUCGCGUCCAGGAAGUCACCUCGGGUCCCACGCCCUACCAGUGCAUCUUUGCUCGCAUUCGGCAGCCCGGAGAAGCCCCGAGUCCACACGCCUCUGCUGUCGCGUCGCAGACCGGCCACGCAGCGCAGGCUGGACACGAUCUCCAUGACGACCCUGAGAGCCUUUUCGCGCUCAACAACGCGCUGCGCGUCGCGCUCUACGACGCGUUCGGCGUCCCGUACAAAGGGGACAACGACGUCUACAUGCCGCAUGUGAGUCUCGUGUAUGCGAAUCAGGAGGACCUCAGCCUCCAAAAGAGGCAAGCGAUUGCAGAGUUCCUCAACAAGACGCACCGGCACCCGCACGAGAGCCGGAAACACGCCGGCAGUAGCCGAGAUCUCGACCUGGCUCUCCUCGAAAAGCUCGAAGCGACCCGCGAAAAAUUCGGCAAACACGUUCGCGGCACCUUCAUCUCCGUCGAGUCCAUUGAAAUCGUCGAAACGGCGCUCGCAGACUGCUCGCAGGCGCACAAGUGGAAGAUUUUGGAGUCCAUUCCCCUCCACAAAUAA